GCAACUAGUUUCGUCUCAUAUAUAAACAUCGCAUUCGCAUGCUUUCGCUGUUCCGCUCUGCUCAGAAACAUCUGCAAUUUCUUAGGAUAGGAGGUUCUCAAGGUUUCUCCUAACGCAUCUAGCAGCCACCAAAAAUGGUUCUCCAAAACGAUAUCGACUUAUUGAAUCCUCCCGCUGAGCUUGAGAAGAGGAAGCACAAGCUCAAGCGUCUCGUUCAGUCUCCCAAUUCUUUCUUCAUGGAUGUGAAAUGUCAAGGCUGCUUCAACAUAACCACUGUAUUUAGCCACUCUCAAACUGUUGUGGUGUGUGGUAACUGCCAGACAGUCUUGUGCCAGCCUACCGGUGGUCGAGCUAGACUCACAGAGGGAUGCUCUUUUAGGAAAAAGGGGGACUGAUGGCUAUAAUUGGAAGCGUUUCAAAUGUGAGAAUGGUAAUGGAUUAAUGAUUAAGCGAAUUAUGUGUAAUUUUGGUAUCACACUAAGGAUAAGACUACCUUAUGCCUGUGGUCCGGUAUUGUUUAAAGUAGUUGAUGGUUUUGUUUCAAUGAAUGCUAAUGCUUGUUUUUUUAA